AUGGGCGAUCCGGUUGUUAGCCCCUAUGAGGCUAUUUACGAGUCUCCCGACCAGCCAAUGAGCAUUGUCUGCGCGAACUGCGGCAAACCAAUCGUGGAGCGCCAUUACCUCCUUGCCGACGGCCAGUUUUGGCACGCAACAUGCUUACGCUGCGCGCUUUGUGGCUGUGAUCUCCAGUGGCAAACAUCGUGUUAUCAUCACAAGGGACGUUUGCUCUGUUGGCAAGACUAUGCAAACUGUGCUACAUGUCCAACCUGCGAUCGACGUUUUCAUGAAGGCGAUCUCGUCAUUUCCUUUCAAAUGGGUCUCUCCUUCCAUGUCGAAUGUCUCCGCUGUCGAGUCUGUGAAAAGACAUUUCAAAUUGGUGACCGGUGUUUUGUGGAAGGCGAUGGACGCCAUGGUGUCUCCUGCCUCAACUGCCGCCAACAGAGGUCUCGGAAAGCGCGAAACCGCCCUCCCUUUUUUCAGAUGACUCCAAACCUCAGUACCAGCUCUGGCAAUAUGAUCAUAACCGCGUCAUCCUCCUCCACUGAAGGUGAGGGUCACGAAAUGCAGUGUAAGAGCUCCUCAGUUGAUCAAAUUAAUAACCACUUUUACCGUUCAACAGUAACUGGUGAAGAAAUGCAAGGAAAGGCAAGGUGCCAAUCCAUCUCUAGCGUUUCACUCGCUUCAGACAAUCCUCAAAAACGAAUUCGAACGUCCUUCAAGCACGAUCAACUCCGUUUAAUGAAGGCUUACUUUAGGGUGAAUCAAAAUCCCGACUCCAAAGAGCUACGACAGCUGUCCGCCCAAACCAACCUAUCAAAACGCGUCCUUCAGGUUUGGUUUCAAAAUGCUCGAGCUAAAUAUCGUAGAUGGACAUCAAAUUUGGAGAACAAGGCCGGUGACGUACAAACCCAAGAGAGUGUCGACAGGCCACUGACGGCAGACGCAAGUGAGGAUGCCACAACAGUAGAAGAGCCCACACGGCCGUGUGAUUUUGACUUACCGUUUGAUCAUGACAAGGACACCGUAUGA